AUGCCUCGGCCGACGAAGGAUAGAGUCAUCCACGAUUACACCGCAAAGAUCCUCCCCAAGGCAAUGAUCCUCACCCUCGUCAUCUUUACCGUCGUCGUCCUGGUCUACAGUAUCGGCGGAAAGACCGCGGUACCGGAGGAAGCCGCGGUCUCUUUCGCCGGUAUCGCCUUUGGCUUCUCGGGGCUCUGGCUGUUGGGACACCUGGUCAUAUACUGCCGAGGUGCGCAGGCGGUCUCGCCCCCUCCCCUGCCUCUGACAGGUAUCGCGACUGGGGUCGGAGCCACGACGAUGGCUGUUCCCUCCGUUCCGCAGGUUUCGCAGGUUCCCACGGCGGCUGUUGGGCUCGCGGUACCUCCAGCGGUUCUUCAACACCAGCACCAACAGCAGCAUCAACAUAUGUAUCGGCCCCAGAAUAACCAACACCGGGAGUAUCAGCAGCCGAAUGGGUUCCCUCCGCGACUUCAUAAUCGCUCACAGCACCAGGAUCAGUCUCACAGGGAAGUUCUGCCACCGCAGCAAGAACCGCAACUCCAUUCACGACGAGAAGACGAAGUAAUUGUGCAACCAGAUCAGCGCGAGCAACGAGAAAGUGAGAAUCGAAUCUGUAUGCCCGAGCAACAGAAGCGUGAACAAAAACAUUGCGAGCAGCGACAGCGUCAGCAGGAACAGCGCGAGCAAGAGCAACGCAGAGAUCAGCAGCAAGAGCAACAAGCCGAAGCCGAAGCGCCGGUUCAAUCAGAGCAGGAGGAGCAUAGAAAGGCCGAGUCCCAUCGAAGACUAACAGACCAUAAACCAUACAUCGAAGAGCCGCCUUAUCCCGAGUCGGCCCCUGGACCAUAUGGGGGACCACAGGAAGAACUCAAGAAGCUAGCGCAGCAACGAAAAGAUCAACGUAGGCAACAACAGGUAGGGAAGCAGCAGCAGCAGCAGCAGCAGCAAGAGGCACGGCUCUCUAAAGAGCAAGUUCACGACAUGGCCCAUUUGCAGGAGAAUAUAUGGCCGAGACGGCCAAGCGUUCCCGGGAAUCAGCCCGCUUCAGUCACAGUCCUCGGUCCUGUUCAGCAAAGACAGCAACCGAAGGGACCAAGGACUAUGAAAGGGAGACCGCCCGAACCCCCUGGGCGCAGUUCCAGCCUCCAAAACUCGCUCCCUGGAACGUCGUUCCGAAGACAUCGCAGCUCAAGCUUGAGUGGUUCGCAGUUUAACCAGUGCGGUCAGCCAUUGAGGGGAGCAUCAAAUCGUUCGAGGCGUGCUCGUGAUGGUUGUCCCGAAGACGGCACUGAGGCUGUCGGUGUGCGAGGUCGUUCACGAGUAGAUCACGAGCGCCCAGACCCAUACCAAGACAUAGAGCCAGAGCCUAGGUCUGCUUCAACCAGAUCGACGAGCUUGGACUCUGCCACCCGAGCAUCUCUGAAGGUGAAAGUGGCCCCUGAAAGCUGGGAGAGUCCGUCAUGGGCUAACUCAUACCAGCCCGCUCCCUUGAACAUUGCGAAAGGAGACAGGCCACCAUUCGGAUACGAGAGACCGAUUGAACCAUCAAGAGAUAUAGGGGACCACGCUUUUCUUCCAAGUCGACGAUCCAGCCGGCUCGAAUCUGAUCUGCCGGGUGGAGCAGCGCAAGGCCAGGCCGGUGCCAAGAUCAGGGUGCCGAGUAUUCAAUGUACACCUGCAACGCCACCGAGCCAGUACGCUACUACCGUUCAGCCCUCCCAAGGCGAGGUACGUGAUGAAUCUAUUCAUACUUCUGUAUCCUCUUCCUCUUCUCGGUCGCCUUCCCCUCCCCGUUCAACCACCCCUUCAGCCCGACGUCCCGCUCCAAACUUUGACGAUAUGGGAAUUCCCCUGGGACGCGAAUCGACGACGCUUUGUGAAGACGCUCGUCUCUAUGUCUGA